CGCGUAGCUAUGGACGAUAACACCAUUCUGCUAUUUCCCUUGUCAUGCGCAGUCAUUUCUACAGCCUUUUCAGCGCGCUCGCCGCGCUCGUCGCGGCCCAAACGAUCGUGUUUCCAACGUCAGCGCCUGUCUCGUGCCCCGUGCCUGCGAUCCGCCAGUCGUGGCUCAACAUGACGGCGACGGACCAGCAGACGUACCUUGACGCCGUCGGCAUUGCCAUGGACAAGGGCUACCACUUCAACUUUUUGCAAAUCUUGUCCGAGCCAAGCACGUACUUUGAGUAUUACUCGACGUGCGGCUGGGCGUACAGCAGCCGCCGCCUUCUCCUUGCCUACCAAAACAUGCUGCGCAGCCUCGGCCCGGCCUACGCCUGUAUUACGAUCCCGUACUGGGACUACUUUGCCGACAAUGCGCAAAUCCAGACCGGCACCUGCGACGGCACGCUGGGCAACUGCUCGAGCAUCCUAACGGGCAUGGGCGGCAACGCCGGGGCACCGACGUCGCUCACGAUCGACGGCAUUUCCGUGAGUGGCGCUGCGACGACAAGCUACCCGCUCAACCGUUUUUGCGAGCUCUACAACAUCAGCUGCUCGGGGUACGUGCCCCGGGGCCCCGACUGGAACACGACGAUCUUUCCCUCCGGCUUUGGGUACGCGACAAUGGCCAACAUGCUCAAGAGGGCGACGAGCUUUUACUCGUUUACGUUUGGCCUCAAGAACGGCAUCCACAACAGUUUGCACUUGGCGCUGGGUGGUGCCAUGGUCGAUGCCGGUCGCACGAUGGCGGACCCCCUCUUCUUUAGCCAGCACGCGGCCCUCGACAUGAUGGUGCAAGUGUACAUCGAGUGUUACUUUGGGACGAACCGGACCGUCGCCAAGAAGCUCAGCAGUCCGUGGGCGUUCUCGAUCUGCGCGCCGUCGAUCGCAGAGAUGCCGAAAGCGCCGCGCGUCACGUCCAACAUCACGCAGCGCCUUCCGCAGUCGUUUGAAAACUACACGACGAUCGUCGACGCGGCCAACCACCCGGUGAUUGGCCAGUUCUUUGCGUCGACGCCGCCCGCGUACUUUUCGUAUGUCGAUACGACGGACAUGGGCGCCUUGAGCUACAACUACGACAAGAACGUGCUUGUCUCGAGCCUCCUCGCCAACGGAUUCAUCUGCCCCGUCAAGGCGUACAACCGCCGCCUCGAGGACGACGCCAGCUUAUCCACGAAGCAGGCCGCCAGAGUCCGGCCGCGCAACGCGCGCGACGCGGCGGUUCGGCGCCUCAACAAGCUCCGACGCCAGUUCUGGCCAAGGCGAUGACACUCACGUCGUACAAAUUGGACGCGGCGCUUGAGCUCUACGCGGCGGCCGAAUGCUUGAUCGCCAAUGCAAAGACGUCUGCGGUCGCCACGACUGGCAUCUUCUCCACGCAGCCCAUGGCGAUACUCAGCAAUGAGUCGUCGACGCCCGUGACGGAGACGGUGGCAGCACCAUGCCGCUCCUCCGCCAGUACGCUCCUCGGCAGAUCGGCGAAUGCGAUCAUGCUGCGCGACUACAUGCUUCGCUUUGUGAAGAGCACCAACACGAUCACCUAGCCGACGACAUGUCCGACAGACCAGACUCUGUGUCGACCCCACCGAUUGAAGGUAUCCUGCAUAUUAGUAAAUGUUUGCUUCUAGUAACGAAACGCGAUGAGUUGCUCAUUCGCACGAGUAUCCCG